UGAGAAAACUACACAUUUCAUUCUUGGAGUCCACCCAAAUUUCCUUUCCUUUAUCUCCCACCCUCCCCCUCUGUACAGCCUCUGCUACCCUCACAACUGCUGGAUCUGGAAGACUCCUUGCUACUUUCAUCGUGCUUUUUAAGACAAAAGAUAAUCGGACAGUAUUCAGAUUAUCAAAGUCUUAAACUUUGGAAGAUUUUAUCCAUUCUGAGACAUGGAACAAGUGUUUCAUCAUUUCCAACAAGAUCCAACCGAGACUUCCUCUCCCACUGAAGUUCGUUUGUGGAUAGAAGGGUUAGAUUAUAAUUUCCUACUUUAUGGAGAAAUCUUUGAAAGAGCAGAAAUCAAUGGGGAGAGGUUACUCAACAUCACUCAGCAAAGACUUACUGAACUUGGCAUAACUCGGACUGAUCACCAGGAUAUACUAUUAAAAGCAGUUGCUAAUAUUUGUAGAAAGAUCCAAGUUGAAGAACAAGCUAUGCAAGAAGAAGACCAGAAUGACAAAAAGAUGCCUACCAGAUUUGGGAAACAAAGUGAACAUCUUGAGCAUGCUAUUGAUCGAGUUCUUGUCAUGAUAUCGGAAAGAAGAAGGGCGCGUAGUCUACAUGGCACUAUUGAACAACCACCUCAUAAUAUUCUUGCAGCUGCUCUUGAACUGACUAAUAUGGUCAAGAUGAUACUAAACAUUCUGGAAAGGCCUCCAUUUGAUUGCAUGUCAGAAUUUUCCAGUCUGAAAAGUCAUCUCAUUAAACAUAUCACAUUACUGAAACAUUUCUCUGAACAGUCUGAUCUCAGCCAUGAAAUGGAAUCUGAUAUCAUAGAUGUGUGCAAGGGUGUAACUAAAAUCUGUCAUUACAUAAUUGCUCUGCCACCUGAUAUCCCAGGACCUGAAAUACAAAUUCCAGCAUUCAUGAAUCCUGAAGAGAGGCCAUCUAGGGUUCAAGUGCCAGUUAUCAUUGAACCUGAAGCAACAAGUUUUACAAUGGAAAACAGACCUGAUUAUAUGCCUCCAACUCAAUAUUCAUCAAUGCUGAUGACAACAACUAGUUCAGCAAGUGAACCUGUAUCUUCCAUUCAAGAUGUGUCACUUCCAAAUGAAAAAGUACCUGACAGAUUUGAAUAUUUUUCUUCAGAAAGACUCAACACUCCGAUUAAUGAAGAAACUUUUAUGCUGAGACAUAAUGAAGGACACAAAUGUGAAACAGAAGUUUCUGAUACAAAAAGUUCUGUAACUCCAGGUGGUUCUUUGAUCUACAAAAGUCUCCAAGAUCUAACAAUAAUUGAAAGUGGCACCCCUCUUAUGGACUCUGGUUCUGAAAGAUGUGUGAUUGAUUCUGACUCUGAUAGAGGCAUAGGUUCUGACUAUGACUUAGAACAACACUCAAAAGGCUCUGACUCAGUAAUAUGGGGAAUAGAUUCAGACUCAGAAACAUGUCCCAGGGACUCAGCAUCUAGAAAUAACCUUUUAGAAGCAAAAAGAUACCAGAUGGCUUCAGGCUCGGAGGAAGACCUGAUGGAAUCAGAGCAACACCUGGUGAAAGUUGAACAGUGCCAGGUUGACUCUGACUCUCUAAAACACUGGAUGGAUUCAGGUUCAGAAAAAUGCUUGGCAGACUCUGAUUCUGAACAGUAUCUGAUGGACUCUGACAAUGAAAGACUGGGGAUAGACUCAGACUCAGAAAAAUGCCCCAUGGCCUCUGCAUCUGAGAAACACAAGUUGAAGGCAGAAAAACACCAAAUGGCCUCAGAUUCUAUAAAACGUCUGAUGGAAUCUGAAAAGAGUUUGAUGGAGACUGAAAAGUUCUGGAUGGUCUCUGCUUCUAAGAGGUAUGUGAUGGACUCAGAAACAGAAAUAGGUAGAAUGAACACAGACUCUAAAUCCAGGGCACAUCUGAUGGGGGAAGAAAAACAUGAGAUUAGAUCUAAGAGAUAUAUGAUGGACUCUGACUCUGAACCAUGUGGGACGGACUCAGACACAGAAAGAUAUGAUCUAGCUUCUGCAACUGAGAAAAGUCUCAUGGAUCCGAAAACAUUUCAGCUGAGCACUGAUUCUGAUGGGUUCUGGAUAGAUUCAUGGUCUGAAAAACAUACAGUGGACUUGAAAUCUGAAAGUCUGGGGAUGGCCAGUGAUUCUGUAAAACACCUGAGGAAGGCCAAAACUUGCCAAAGUGUCUGUGACUUGGAAAGAUUCUGGAUGGGCAAGUCUAAAUCUGAAAGAAAAUUGACAGACUCUGCAAAAGAACAAUCAGACUUUGAUCAUGGUAAAUGCUGGGAUAGCCCUAGAAAAUAUCAGCAUAGGUCUGUAAAACUUCAGAAUAUCUCUGAAAGCUGUCAGGAUGACUCUCAAAAUCUUCAGUAUGACUUGAAUAUGCAUAAUGAAGACUCUCGUUAUGAAAAACAUCGUACCAGCCCUGAAAAUGAAAGAAAUCCAAGUGAAUUUGAAAGUAAAAGAUGCUUGAUGGAGAUGGAGAGGGAACAAUUAAAAAAUGUAAAACUUCAAGUAGAUGAAGAAAGUGAAAGCCAUCUCAUGGAGUCUGAUAAUGAAAAAAAGCAGAGAACUACAGUUGACAGUGAAAGACAUCACCUUGACUCAGAAAAUGAAGCACAACGGCUUGGUGCUCGCAGAAAGGAAAAUCGUCCUCAAGGUUUUUGGAGACCUGUUUUCCUCCCACCUCCAGUUGUCCAGGGAAAGGAAACUAAAGAACAACACUCUGUGCAACAACAAAUAGAUAGCAAAGUUUCCAGAAUUCAACUUGUUAAGUACCUGAGUGAUGACAAGAUAGUGAGACUCAAAGAGAUGUCUCCAGCCCUCAGUGAGAAACAUGACUCUCAAACAAACGUAAAGGAAAAGCACAGCAACAACCAUUCUUCAGACCCCAAAGAGGAGGAAAACCAUGGAAGAAAAGCCAGCCGUAAAAUUUCUUUCUACAAGAGCCACUACAAGAACUAUAGAUAUGCUCAUAGUUUUCAGAGUUCUGGGUCUCAGUUUGAUCUUAUUCAUCCAAGUGCUGAGGUUUACUCCUCUGUUGUUGCAGCAUCUCUUUGCAGUCAAACUUCUAUAAGCCCUAACCCUGUUGUAUACCCUAAGACUCAAAGAAAUAACAUAACUUCUGUGGAUAUGGGAGCAAAAAGAUGCUUCAAAUGCUUUAUGGAAAUCACUGACUCUCCUUUUCAUCAGUGUGUCAUGAAUUCUGAAGAUGAUUCUGACCCUGACUGUCCUUUACAUCUCCAAAUUCCUUUGGAUUCUAAAUAUUCUCUGAGCCCCAAAUCUGACAGACACAACAAAACCUACCAAUUCAGCCCUUUAUCUCAGACCCUGGAUCAAAAGUGUCCUGUGGACAUCUACUGUCCUUUACACCAGGAAGAUUCUAAGUAUUCUUUGGGCUCAACUUCUUAUUUACAUUGUGAAAGUUGUUCAGCUUUCCAAAAUCUCAUAUCCUCUAUUACCCAUACCUUUCCUAUAAAUUCCGAGAACAUCAUGGGUCAACAUAGUACCUCUGACCCAGACACUGUCAUCAACACUUGCAGUGUUACUGGAGUUGAAAGUGAACAUAAGUUCAACCUUAAUGUCAAACACAAAAAUGAAAACAAUCCUGACAAUGAGAUGGAAGAUGCCAGUGCUAGAAAUCUCAACAAUAGUGCCAAUGCUAAAGACAAGUCUCUUCCCAAAGAUGAGAAAAUCCAUGAAACUGACACUAACUCUGAAGACGAGACAGAUGCUGAAGAUGAAACAGACCCUGAAGAUGAAAAUAACACCAAAGAAAAGAAAGAUCCCAAAGAUAAGUCUGAUUCUGAUGACAAUGAUCCCAAAGACAGCAACUCUGAAUAUGAUGCCAAUAAUAACAAUGAGUCUGAUCCCAGUGGUGAUGCUGGGCCUACAAGUGGAACUGAUCCCAGCAGUGAUGGUGACCCCAACGAUGGAACCAACCCCAACAGUGAAACUGACCCUAACUUUGAUAAUACCACUAACAAUGAUGCUGACUCCAAAUACAGCACUGAUCCUGAGGAGGACAUACACACCAAUAAUUCAUACAGUGCUUCUGUCCUAGUUGAUCAAGACAAUACUGCCAACUCCAACAAUGGCACUGAUCCAAACUACACAUCGGGGACUCAAAAUAGAACCAACCCAGUCUAUACUUCUGGUUCCAACAAUGAUGCUGGCCCUAGCAAUGCCACCAAGCCUGGCAAUGACAUUUGCUCCAACAUUGGCCCUGGCUUCCAGAAUAUCAGAUCAACUAUCAAUAGCCUUGGCCCCAGUAACAGUGACUUUGGCCCCAACAAUUUCCCCAACCCCAAUAAUACCCUGGUUCCCCAUAAAGAUCCUGACUCUAACUAUAAUGUCAGUCCUAGUAAUGUUACUAGUAACAACAAUGAUAUUAUUCCUAACAGUGAUACUGACUUCAGCUAUGAUGCAAGACCCACUAGUGCUACUGGCCACAACUAUUCAGCUGCCACACACUGUGAUUCAGACUAUGAUUAUGUCCCAGAAUUUACCCAUGCUGUAGGGUCUAGCUUUGUAGCCAACCCAAACUAUAUUGACAGAAACAGCUAUGCUGUUAAACACAACUCUGCAGCUAGCACUGUCAAUUUCACUAAUACCAACAACACCACUAGCUAUAGUAGUGCUGUCAGCCCUAGGUAUAAUACUGGAACUAACUAUGAUGCAGACACCAACCAUAUCCCUAGAUUUACUCAUUUAAUUGACUCUACCAUUGUUGUUAAUACCAAUUAUAAUGCUAUAAAUAUGCCAAAUGCUCAUAAUUCUGCUAAUACAAGCAAUAAUCUCUCUGGUCCUGAAUUGGAAAUCAGUUCCAGUACUUCUGUUCCUAAUAUUAUUUAUGGAAACUCUCCCACUUUUGCUGUUGGCACUAGCUGUAUUUCUACUCCUAAGAAUUUGACCACUUCUAAAUUUUCUGAUUCAUUUAAUCCCAAUUUUGAUGACCAAAAAUAUCAGAUUCCCUUCAAAGUUUCUGCUUUUUCCAUGGACUCUACAACUUUUAUACCUGACAUUGAGUCCAAGGAUUUCCUUGAUGCUAAGGAAUCUGGUUUUUCAAAAGAUUCCUCUGGGGUACAGAAUACCAUUGACAUCAAGGAUCAUGACAGUUUAAAUGUUCACUACAAUCCAAAUAUUACACUCCCUAGUUUUGAUAUUAUAGUAGAAGCUGAACCACCAGAUGUUGUGAAGUUUGCCAUAUCAUCAGGUGCUGUGAAUCAAUUUUUUAAGUUGUUUGACCGCUAUGAUGGUGUUUUAAAAGCAGAAGGAGGAUCUUUGGGAGAACCUAUGGGGGAAGCAACUAGAAGAUCUUCUGAGGAACCUGUCUGGAGAACAAUGGAAGGACCUGCUAGGGCACCUGAAAGAGGACUUCUUGUGAGACCCAAAGAAAGCCCUGCUACAAGUCCUGCAAUGGAAUAUUCUGAGAAACAUGCUAGGGGACGUACCCUGAGUCCUACCCGGGGAUUUGCUGUGCAUCUUGCAAGGGAUCAGUCUGUGAGUCCUGCAAGGGGUCCUUCUCUGAAUCCUACAAUAGGCCACACUGAGAGACAUGCAAGGGGACGUAGCAUGAGUCCUAUAAGGAAGCUUGCUGUGAAUUCUGUAAGAGGCUGUGCUGUGAGUCCUGCAAAACAACAUGACAAAAAGAGAAAUGAAAAGGAAAGUGCUGUGAGUCCUACCAAUCAUCUUUCUGUAAGAUCUUCAGCGGGAUUUACUGUGAGUCCUGAAAGAGGCCAUGCUGAUAGACCUGCUAGGGGACGUGCCAUGAGUCCUACAAGAGGACGUGCUGUUAGUGCUGCAAGAGAGUUUUCUGUGAGACCUGUAAGCAGAUGUGCAGUGAGUCCUGCAAGGCACCAAUCUGUGAGCCCUUCAAGAGGUCGUUCUGUGAGUUCUGCAAGAGGACAUGCUGAGAGAUACGCAAGGGGACAUCCAAGAGAACAUGCCAUAACAAGGCAUCCUGCAAGAGGUCAUGCUGAGAGUCCUGCAAGAGUACAUGCUGAGAGACAUGGUAUGAGACAUAUUAUGAGUCCUGUAGGAGGAUAUGUUGAAAGACCAGCAAGGCGACAUACUGUGAGUCCUUCAAGGAGAAAUGCUACGAGUCCUACACAAGGACUUGCUAUGGGACCAGCAAGAAGACCUCCGAUGAGACCUGAAGGAGAAUUUGUUCUGGGAGCUGCAGUGGAACUUACUGUGAAACCAGCAGAAGGAUAUGCUGAGGAAACAUCUAGAUCUACAAAAAAAUCUACACAGUCUACUACCGAUAGAAAUCAAAAUAGAAGGGGAGUCUCAAUUUUAACGGCUUUUAUAAAUUUUUUCAUGAAGGCAAAAGCCCAAAGCUGGUUCGAUUUGUCUUGGUUUAGAAGGGUCUUGCCCUCAUUUUUCUCUGAGGAAGACCGAUUGUUUUGUUUUAGAACUCGAUUUUGUGCAAUGGCCUGUACUGAAUUGGGCCAUGGGAAAUGCGAGGGAUGGCUUUGGAAAAAAAGAGAGUCUAGAGGAAUCUCCUUUUUUAAUUGGAAAAGAUACUGGUUUAUUUUGAAACACUCAACUCUCUACUGGUUCUCACACCUGAAUGACUCCAAGGCUGACGGUUUUAUAUAUCUACCUGAAUUCCGAAUUGGCUUAGCUCCACAUUGCAGAAGAAACCAUGCUUUCCAAGCUACCCAUGCAAGAAUCAAGAAUUUCUAUUUUGCUGCUGAGUGCUCAGAUGAGAUGAAUUAUUGGAUUGGCCAGAUGUUACAGUUAGCAUAUGGUUCCUCCUUUGGAGAUGCAGCUGCUAAUGCAGAAUACAGACGUAUAGGUGCUAUGAUUUAUGCAAAAUGUGUUUUGGCCUUGAAGAGAGAUUUCCCUGUGAUUUGGUGUGACAACUGCCAUGAAGCAACUACUAUUGUUUCUGUGAAUCCAAACUUUCAAUAUAGAGGCACUCAAAAUGUUUCUGAUGAAUUCAUCUAUUUUCGACCUUUUGAUGCGGAAAUUCGGGAAAAGGCCAGAAGACAAAAACAAGAUAAAUCAACUAUGGCCUCCCGUCAACACGAAGGAGAAGGUAUCCAUCAGAGGGACCUGGGGAUUAUCAGUCAAGUGGUGAUGGUCACCACCCCCCCACUAACUAAAGAGGUAGAAAGCACUGCCCUUGUAAGACCAAAAACUUCAGGGCUUCUUCGCCUAGAGAAAAUUCCAGUUAAAUCUCCAGGGGUCCCAGAAUCUCAACGCUUAGACGUUACAGGAAUUGCCAGUCCAGAGGAAAGGGGGAAAGGCACCGCAAUACUUGUUGCUGGUGUGCCUGGAAAGGAGGAGCUAGAUGAUACAGAAAUUCCAACUUUGAAAUUCACUGGGCUUAUACACCUGGAGGCUUUAAUAAGUAAAUGUUCACCAUCCUCAGAAUACAGUUGCCCACGAACCCCAAGAAAUCUGUGGCUGGAAUCUCCAGAAAAUGCAGAGUCCCCAGGAAGUGAUGAUCUGGAAGUAGCAAGAAGCAUGAAUCCUCUUAGAGAGAGGUCUAUCUUCAGGCGUUCCUGGGCAGAGCUCUUAGAAGCACCACUGAACAGUGAAGGGCUUCACAUUCUCCAAACUACUCCUACAGAAGAAGAUAGAGAGAUUGAUGACCUCCAGCUAGCACCAGAGGAGGAGAAUCAAGCAACCACUCCACCCAUGGAUCCUUACUUUCAUCCUUUGCAAGACCCUUUUCCAUUGCUGCCCCAGCGACCUAAGCUCCAGAGGCAGCGCAGUCACAGCUUGCCGCGAUACAGUGAUGGCAGGAGCCAAAAACUAAAUGUACCUGAGUUAGCAUUAAAUCCAGAGGAGAAACACUUCUUCUUCCCAAGUGAUCAUAAUUUGCUUACAGGAGAAAAUGCAAAGGAAAGAGACAGCAUUGAAGAAGCUUGGCAAAAGGCCAUUUUUUCAGGUUCUGGAGAAUAUCAUCCUAUCAAUCCAAGCUUUGAGUAUUCUUCUACAAUGUGGGACAAAAUUGGAAUUCCUGAAGAUAAUACUGGAUUUCCCAAGAGCAAUGUUAGACUUCCCAAUAAGAAUGUCAUGGUUAAUGUUGGAGUACCCACAGAUAAUUCUGAAGUUCUCAGGGGCAAUGCUGGUAUCCCCACGUGUAAUCCUCAAAUUCCUUCAGGCAGUGGUGGAGUUCCCUGGUAUAGUGGUGUUGGGGUUUCCACGGAUAAUGUUGUCAAUCUCAGGCAUAAUGUUGGAACUUCCAGACGUUCUGUAUCCUCUCUACUUACUGAGCUCUCAAAGAUAGGUGAACACAGAUUAUAAGAAAGGACACAAUACAAAGUAGUCCUAAUAGUUAAAGAAACACACCAAGAUAUUUAACAUUAAAGCAUAAGUACCAAAUCUGACAACCCAAAAUAAUAAAAGGGACAUCUAAAUUUAGAAUACAUAAAUGAAUGUAUAAAUAUGCUUAUUAUGUUAGUCUUUAUCAGAAUUUUUGGAACUAAAUUGGAAUUAAUUUACUAAUUUAUUCUGUAUUGCAACCUUCAAUUAUGUGUGGCAUAAUUUGGCUGGGGGAAUGUGUCAUGGAAGAGUAAUAUGCUUACUUCCUUAAGCCGAAAUUUCUACUUUGUAAAGAAAUACAAUGUCUUAUAUAUCACCAAACAAGAUAUCAACUAAUCUCCAGAUAAUAUUGUACAACUCAUAUUUAUAGUAACUUCAGCUCUUUUUGGUUGUUUUGAUGGGUAAAUGAAAGAGAUCUCCUAGUUAUUAACAUUUAUCUGGAUGUUUCCAGCUUAAUGUCCAAAAAAUUGAUUGACUUGAAGCUAAGGAACCAGAGGUUCUGUGAAAUAUCCAGAUAGGACCUCUGAAAAAGUUCACCGACAAGACUAUUUGAGUAUUUAUUUUAUGGCAUACAUCUAACGAAAUUGUAAAUAUUUACUGAAAGCCUUAAAAAUACAAGGAGACAAACUGUAGAACUGUAAAUAGUGUAUGUGGCUGUGAUGUAAAUAUUAUGGCUAAGACAACACUAACAGCACCACAGGAUGCCUAAAAUUGUGCAUGCUAAAACAAUAUUUUCCUCUGAAAAAUAAUUGUUUAAUUAGUCUGAUAUUGAAAGAUACAGGGUAGAAGGGAAAAUUCUUUGAAACAUUUUACAAAAUUACUGAAUAAGAUGCCCUUCUCAAAAAAGGAAAACUUUUCAAUGGCCCAGAUGAUCAGCAUAUUAUUAAAAUCACACAACCUAUUUAACUACAAAAUACAGUUUACAAAAAUAUUUAUUUCAUAAAUUUUCUAAGAUAGAUAAAUUGUGACUGAAAGUUGAUGAGAUUAACUCAUCAAUUACAUGGGGAAAUAAUCUCAUUUAUAUUCAGACUUACAUCAAUUUUCUGAAAAGUUUUAGGGCAUAUGGGUCACUAUUAAAUUUGUACAUCUAAAUUUUCAACUUUCCUGAAUAAUGGUAGCUGUUGUUUUUAUAUAACAAAGAGCAAUUUAAAUAAGUUACCACCUAACCCCUUAUUAUGUGCCUUAACACAUAGUGCAAGGGGUGGUAAUCUGUGGUCUAAGGGCAAACACUUGCCUAUUUACAGGAUCUAUUUGGCCUCUGAGGAAGGAGGUAAAGAGGCUGGCUAGCCUCCCUCUCUUCACUCCUCUGGUUCAGCUUCUGCUUACUGAAUCAGGGCUUUGGCCUCAGAAAUAAAGGAAAGGUAGUGAGAUUUCUUUCUCCUACUUCUUACCAACCCAUUUCAGGCUUGAGUCAACUGAAUCUGGCAUGAGGUGGCAAGUCCACAAAAAUAAUGGAAGGAUACAGUCUGCCAUACUUCAGUUACAUUGGCAGUAGCCAAUGCCUGACUGAGAAAAAAAAAAACAACUGACAGCUCACCUUGUGUACCA